GGACUACGGGUUCACUGCUGGGUUCUGGUUCUAUCUGGGAAGAGAGAAGUCCCUGAGAACUUCUUCAUUGAUGCACUGACUGGCAACGCUUACCCAACUAAAGAUGAAACAUUUUCUAGGGAUUGAGAGUGUGUGGAAUCAUGAGGACUACUGGGCCAAUAUGCAGGACUGUCGCAAUGGCUGUAAGGACAUGACUUUUGACCUGGGUGACCCUGUGUGCUGGGAAGUCAUGUUGAUGGGUUCUUCAAAGCCUCUUCUGCUUAUCCCAGACAUGGAGGAAGAAGACAUAGAGGAGGAAGAGAAUGACAACCAGGAUAAGGACAGCAAGAUGAUAUUUCAGAUGCCACCAUCCUGGACAAUGCCCAUUGUCAUCACGCCAAAA